UAUGAUGAAUGAGCUCCACCAAAUGGUGCAUAUAAAAUAGCCGGGCUGUUGCUGGUAUCAAUCAGUAGCCGAUAAGGAACGAACAAGGAAAGUACUAAACAGUAGAAAGUUCCACAGUUAUUUCGCAAAAGGAGAAACGCGCGCGCCUUCGACUCUUCGCUCUAUUCUAUGCUCCUUAAAUUGCCAACUUGCAUUAAAGUUCAAAGUGGUUGUUGUUAUUUAAAGGAUAAAUCAUCGUUACACACAUUUAUAUGUACAUACAUAUGCACGUGUACAUUAUAAAUACAACGUGAAUACAUACAAGGAUAUAAUCACAAACAUAUUCACUAAACGCCUCCACUCCUUGCAACGGGGGAAGUGCGCCAUGUGGGUAGGUUGUGUGGUACGCCGCAACGGUGUACGCCAUGGAAAGUGCUGUAUAGGCGAGUAAGAAGGUGGCACAAGUGUAUUCAGUAAGCGACUGCAAAACUGAAAUAUCAUUCCAAAGCAAAAUGUGGAGAAAAUAAAAAGUGAAAAAAAACAAAGAAACGAAAACAAACCAAAGGAUAGUGCGAUACCUUCUAGCAAGGACUGGUGAAGUUUUGUGCUUUUUUUUUGCCUGCACGCUGGUAGUAAGCGAUAGCAAAAGCAGCCACAGCAAAGGAAUUUUGUUUUUAUUUUCAGAAAUAUCCUUUUUCGAACCAAAUUGUUGUACGAAUAAAAGGAAAAUGAACUAAAUUUCGUUGGAAAUUUAAUAUAAGUUCAAAACAAAUCCAUUUAUUGUUACAAAAAGCGCCAGCUAUAAAGGAAUAACCAACAACAGAAACAGCAGUAACAACUACAACUAGACAUUAUAAACCACCAACUAUGCAUCAAGUGCUUAGCUAUGAGACAGCAGUCCGUGCCAACAGCUCCCGCGAAUACCGCGAGUACGUCACCAAGCGUACUUGCGUCAGCCUCGUGCUCACAAUCGCCUUCCUGACGCUCAUACUCGGCUAUCUGCUGGGGAACUUCGUCUCGGAGCGCAAAUAUCAAAUGCGACUGAAUAAAGCAGGUGGCAAGGGAGCUGGACCGCCACACACUAUAGACAUUUCCAGUGAUGACUAUGCAAAGCUUAAAGAAAUCAAUGCUUAUCAAAAGAACAAAGAUAAAUUAUUAAGCUCAGCGCAAGCGUUGAGUAAACUUGUGCAACGUGAUCAAAGCAAUCCGGCGAGUUCCAUUAAUUCGGAUAUAUUCAACAAAUACAUAUCUUGCACGCAGGACAUUCCGCCCAGCACCAGUAUGGAGUCUAGCCUAUUUAUUGAACAGUUAGUGGAUAAUACGGCGGCAAGGCAACGUGAUUGUCUGCGUGUAAUACAACUGAUUAUUGAUAACCAUAUGACUGGUGGAGCGAACUGAAGGGGGCCAGAGAAGAAGUGCUAGU